AUGUCUGAAGACUACAGACUGUCCCUUCUCGAUUUCCCAGCUGCUCAAAUACAAGCACUUCCUACGCCUGAAUCUAUCACGAAUGUAAUCUUCAUGCCUCUUGCCCGUCGCCUGGGAGACAUCAAGGGCGUACUCUCUCAAUCCGUGGUGUUCGGUGCAUUUGAUUUGACUUGGAAGGUAUUUGAUAUUCUCACUAUUAUCUCGACUCAACACUUUGUGCUUCAUGAUGGUCCAAAAGGGCCUGCGGAAGAAUUGUUACUUCAGGCUGGACUGUGGCAAAAUCAGCUGCAUAAUGAAGUCUGGGUUUUCAACCAAGGAUUUUGGUCCAAAAACAGUAGUUUAUGGUCCGAGGUCCAGAAGUCAAGCUGGGACGAUGUUGUUCUCAAAGAGGAGUUCAAAAAGGCUCUACAGAAGGAUAUCUACAGCUUCUUUGAAGCCGAAGAGAUUUAUAAGGAACUUUCGAUCCCAUGGAAGCGUGGCUUGAUUAUGUACGGUCCUCCGGGGAACGGCAAGACUAUCAGUAUCAAAGCUAUCAUCAAAACGUGUGCAGAGCGAGGCCUCACUCCUCUCUACGUCAAAUCGUUCCAAAGCAAGUCGUUUACUUUGCCCUUAGAUAAAUGUUAUAAAGGCGAAGAAGGUGCCAUGCAAGACGUUUUUGAGAAGGCUCGCCAGACGGCACCCUGUGUACUAAUUUUAGAAGACCUUGACAGUCUCAUCAAUGAUCGUAACCGCUCCUUCUUCCUUAAUCAGAUUGAUGGACUCGAGGGCAAUGAUGGUCUGCUUGUCAUUGGAUCUACUAAUCACUUCGACCGACUCGAUCCUGCGCUUUCCACGAGGCCGAGCAGGUUUGACCGCAAGUAUUUAUUCGACGACCCUGAUCUCGAAGAGCGUGUCCUUUACGCCAAAUUUUGGCAAAACAAACUCAAAGCCAACAAGAGGGUAUCGUUCCCAGAUACCCUUGUAGAGGAAGCAGCCGCAUCCACCGAUCAGUUCAGUUAUGCGUAUCUCAAAGAAGCUUUGUAA